AUGGCUUCUCCGCCAUCAUCUCCAGUGCAUUUGCAUGUUCGAAAGUUAUCGGUGACCAAUGAAGAGGGAACAAGUGGGCAGCAAUCAGUUAGAAAACCUGGCAAGAAGAUCGCUGCUCUCGUUGGUGAAGACGAAAUGAGCGGUCCUCCACCGGUGCAGUCAAAUCCGAAAAGUCGUUUUCGGAAUGGCCAUGCUUCAUUUCGACUUCGAAUGCUUCAAGAACAACAUGGCACUGGAUUUGAGCCGGUUAGCCAUCAUACGCUUCACUUUGACAAAUUUCAACUUGAGUGCGGAGUUUCGGAAUUUCAUGUUUUCAAUUUGAAAAAGGUCAAUUAUGGCUAUUGGCGAUCAUACCAUUGCCUGUUUUGGGUCUUUCGAUAUUGUCAAAAUUAUUGUCAUUUCUACGUUCCAUUUUUGCGAUUCCUUCUUGUCCUGGCUCAUUUCCGUUCAUCUCUCCGCCAAACGGCAAACUUCCACAUCGUGGCGGCGUUGUCAGAGGAUGGCGUGGAGAGCUCUUCCAACGUGUUGACAUCCGUUUCGUGA